AUGGCGGCCGCAAGAUUCUCACAUUCACCUCCUACAGGGGCUCCGUGCAGAUUAUCCACUUAUCAAUUGCUGAUAGCCUGGGUCAGACAACCAACACGGGAAGGCAAAGGAAGAGAGCGGUGCAUAACGAAACCAGGCGCAGCUUCUUUGGAUUUUGUAACAGGCAACAGAAACAAAGCAGCGCAGGUGGUGAAAGACGGUGCCAGGAUGUCCCAUUCAAAGGCCAUCGAUCCUCUGAGGAAUCUGGGAGUUCAAGAUGAUGAAGAUGUGAAGCAGAUGUUACAGGGCUCCAGUGUGGUAAAGGUCCGCUCACCUCGCUGGCAGAAGCGACGAACUCUGAAACUGCUGGAAGAUGGUGUCACUGUGUGGUGUCAGUCACACAAAACAUCCAGCAGGGCCAAGGAGCAACAAUCCUUCUCUGUCAUGGAGGUGGAGUGCAUUCGGGAGGGGUUCCAGUCAGAGACACUGAAGCAACUGGUUGCCUCAGUACCCGAGGAAAGGUGUUUGACCGUUAUCUUCAAAGGGCCCCGUAAGAGCCUGGAUCUCUUUUGCCAGAGUCAAGAGGAGGCUCAGCACUGGGCUCGCGGCAUCCGAACGUUGCAGGAGAGGGUGGAGAACAUGACCCAGAAGGAGAAACUUGACCACUGGAUUCAUGCUUACCUGAGUCGGGCUGACCAGAACCAUGACGAUAAGAUGAGCUAUGAUGAGGUCCAGAAGCUGCUGCAGAUGAUCAAUAUUGACCUGAGUGACCAGUAUGCCCAAAGCCUCUUCCAGAAAUGUGACCGGUCAGCUGAUGGUCGUUUGGACCAUGGGGAGAUUGAAGUUUUCUGCAGGGAGUUGUUACGGAGACCAGAACUGGAUGCCGUGUUUAUCCGCUACUCUGCAAAUGGCUGUGUACUUUCCACUGCAGACCUGAGGGACUUCUUGAAAGACCAGGGGGAGGAUGCUUCACUUAUCCAUGCCCAAAGCCUCAUACUCACUUAUGAACUUAAUGAGUGGGCUCAGAAGAACCAGUUCAUGACUCCCAAUGGUUUCACAAUGUACAUGCUGUCUAAGGAAAACUGUGUCUUUAAUCCGGACCAUGCAAGGGUUUACCAAGACAUGAAACACCCGCUAGCACAUUACUUCAUCUCCUCUUCUCACAACACUUAUCUCACUAAGGACCAAGUGAGUGGAGACAGCAGCACAGAGCCAUACAUCCGAGCCCUGAAUCAUGGCUGUCGCUGUGUGGAGCUGGACUGUUGGGAUGGAGAUAAAGGACAGCCAGUCAUCUACCACGGUCACACAUUCACUUCCAAAGUGCCCUUUGUUGACGUCAUUGAGACUAUCAAUGAGUACGCUUUUAAAGCUUCUCCUUACCCUCUGAUAAUAUCCCUGGAAAAUCACUGCUCUCUGGAGCAGCAGAGAGUAAUGGCUCAACACCUGCGAUCCAUCCUAGGAGACAAGCUCCUCACCAAGCCCAUCGAUGAUCUUGGGUCUCACACACUACCUUCUCCAGAGGAUCUGAAGGGUAAAAUCCUGGUGAAGGGGAAGAAGGAGUACAUUGUGGAGUGCUCAUCUAGCUCUUCAGACAUCAGCUCCUCAGAGGAGGAAGCCAGUCCUGCUGAUGGCAAACCCAGUAGAGCAAAAGAAGACAUAAAGCCAGGUUUGUCUAAGCUGAGUCCAGAGCUGUCAGAGCUGGUGGUAUACACCCGCAGUGUUCCUUUUAAAAGCUUUGAGCAAGCUGCCAAAAACCCAGCAACUGACAUAUCCUCUUUCUCUGAAAGCGAAGCCCUCAGGCACAUUAAGGUCUUGGGGAUGUCGUUUGUGCGUCACAACAGUCACCAGCUCAGCAGAAUCUACCCCUCAGGCCAGCGCCUCCAGUCCUCCAAUUACAAUCCUCAGGAGAUGUGGAAUGCAGGCUGUCAGAUUGUUGCUUUGAACUUCCAAACACCUGGUGAGCAGAUGGACCUAAACCAAGGCAGGUUCCUGCAGAAUGGUCAGUGUGGGUACAUCCUGAAGCCUCCCUUUAUGUGCCAGCCUGACACUACCUUCAAUCCAGAGAAUGUUGGCGGAGGUCCUGGACACAGACCUGUCCUGUUUACUGUUCGGAUUAUUUCAGGUCAGCAGCUGCCAAAACCGCAAUGGGACAAGCCCACCUCCAUUGUUGACCCUCAGGUGUCGGUAGAGGUACAUAGUGUUCCCAUUGACGACGCCAAGAAGAGUACUGAUCAUGUCAACAACAAUGGCUUUAACCCACGGUGGGACUGUACAUUUAACUUUACUGUCCAUGUCCCUGACCUGGCUCUGGUUCGUUUCAAGGUGGAAGACCAUGACUACACCUCAAGCAAUGACUUCCUAGGGCAAUACACCUUGCCUUUCACGAGCCUCCGCACAGGCUAUCGUCAUGUCAGGCUGCUGAAGCUAGACGGCUCCAGUCUUUCGCCUGCCUCACUCUUCAUCCAUAUCAAGGUCACCCCCUGUCAGAGAAGUCCCUCCAAAUCAUCCUCAAAAUCACCAGCAAAGUCACUGGCCAAGACGUCAGCUAAGAAAGCCUAAUCUCAUUGCUAACCCAUAGCAAUAUGAAGCAUGGAUGCACCUGUGAAAAGAAAAGAUCAGGCUUCUAAGUCAGUGGUUAUAAAAUUGCCAUGUAAAUGUGGCAGAUAUAUCUACAACUUGUUUAUUUUUUAUGGACCAAAGGGAUUGGUUGCAAAAAUUCAAACUGUCAAACUGACCAGUAUUUUAAUAUUUAAUUGUAAUAUUUUUGAAGAAGAAAGAAAACACUUCUUAUUGUUUAUUGCUUACAGCCAAAUAUAUUAUGCUAACCAUGCUGGGGAAUCCUGUGAUGAUCCCCUCUAAGCUGUCCAGGUCUGUAAAGAGCAAACAUGGAUUAUAAUCAGGUAGCAAAAUACCAUCAGCAAUGAACCAAAUGUCAGUUUGACUGUGGUUGGUAGCGAGAUCAUUCCCUCAGGAAGUAAAAACAAAACAAACAAAAAAAAAAGCACUCACUGUAACCAGUGGGUCUUUAAAGCCAGAACUUUUUCAUUUAGUGUUAAGAGCAACACACACUGGCAGUGCUGUGUUGCAUCAUGUGAUAUGCACCAUAUGAUACCUGUAACACACACCGGGAGUGAUGAAAAUUUAGUCCACGACUACCGAAAUAGGGGAAUAUUUUAGCCCUGCUGAUUUUUAACAGUAUGACCAGAAAACAUGAGAAGGUUUGCUUAUCUCCAAAUAGAUCUACCAUGAAAUAAGUGUUGCCCCAGAAUGAGCCGUGUGUGUUAUUUUCUUCUCUCAUCCGAGGAACAGAUAUCUUUAACUAUGCCUCGCCAAGCAGUGUCUUUAUUUAUUUAUUUUUUUUAACAAUACCUGGACUGUAGGUCAUACAGCUUAUAUUUUUCAGUCUCCGUGAAAUCAAUUGCAUUCUAUUCAGUUCAGUCCAAUUUAUCCAUAUAACACAAUCAUCUCAAGGCACUUAGACAUAGUGAUACCUUACAGUAUUAUAGAGAAAAACCCAUCAAAUCCUCUCAAGCAAGCACUUAGUGACAGUGGGAAGGAAAAACUACCCCUCAGUUGGACAAAAAAAAACUAAAAACUAAAAACAAAACACUAGGCAGAUUGAUGUGGCCAGUGACUGCUCAUUAGAAACCUGCAGCUCCAGAGUUAGGGAUACCUGCAGAAAAGUACAGGGAGAGAGAGGACACAGUAUGGGACAGAGGACAUACAAAGUUCAUGACAUGUAAUGGUGGCAUAUAAAUGCUUUCAGAGCCCCCCCUUCAUGAUGUUCAGAUCAUCCUGGGAGGACCCCCAGCAGUAUAAGCCUAUAGCAUCAUAACUAAGAUGCUUCUUUCCCAGGGAUCCCGCUGAGCUGACCUCAACAUUUGCUUCAUCUAAUCCAUAAACAUGUCCAUUAGACUAGACUGCUCAAAGAUGUUUCACCCUUAAUCAGCACAUCUGUUUCCGAUCUGAUCACAGUUUUUUUUUGUAAACAGCUGUGACAACAGGCUUUUAAGGCUACUGAAAUAAACCACUACUGAAAAGCCUAGUUUUUACCCAGGUGUUCUAUAGACCAAUAUACAGCCCCCCUUUCAUUUCUAAUAUCCUACACAGCAGUUAUGUGACCACUUGCACAAGAAUGAUUUGUUUGAGGAUUUUCAGUCAGGAUUUAGAGUCCA